GAUUGCAUGCGGCAGUCAGCAACGACUUCCGGGAUGCUUCCCUUUGUAUUUCUUUUUGUUUAAUUUCAUUAUUCUAUUUUGUUUCUUAAUUCUCUCUUUUUUAUUUAUUAUUUUGUUUUACGAAACCAAAUGGCGUUUCGUUAAGGUUUCACAGUUUGUGAAAUCCAUCGGAAACAAUAUCUGAAUUCACUCUGAUUCUCCCGGUGGGACUUCACCGGAACCAUCUCUGACGCCGCCGCUGCCGCUGUUCCCAUCUAACCCACCACUCUCUCUCUCUCUCUCUCUCUCUCUCUCUCCCCUUUGAAUUUUUCUUUUUGUUUCCCAAUUCUUCUCCCCUUCCGAAAUGGUCAAAGCUCUGCCCCUUCACCACGGAAUUGUGAAAUCUUUUCCCAAAUUCGGCAGUUCUUUUGAUCUUCCUCCGUCUCCUCAACUUCUGUCCGCGAGGCUCGCCGGCUCUGGUUUCAAUAGGCUUCCUUUGUCUCGGAAAUUUCCGCCGCUUUUUCAGAAAGUUUCUGCGACUGGUGAGAAGACUUCGCUUUUUGGAGCUUGGACCCAAGAUAGUGCCUUGCAAUUUCGAGAUGAAUCGCCUGUUUCGAUUGAGCUUAAGUCAAUUUCGAGUGAACUUGAGUUCGAUAAGGCUAUUGCAGAUGCGGAGGAACGCAACGAGCUCGUGAUUCUUGUUUGGAUGGCUAACUGGUGCAGAAAUUAUAUCUAUUUAAAGCCUCAACUGGAAAGAUUGGCUGCUGAUUAUUACCCCAGAUUGCAAUUCUACUGCAUUGAUGUCAAUGUGGUGCCACACAAGCUAGUUGUUCGAGCCGGACUAGCUAAGAUGCCAGCUAUACAGCUAUGGAAGGAUGGUAAGAAACAAGAUGAGGUGGUUGGUCUCUACAAAGCAUAUCUAGUUGUCAACGAUGUUCGGAAAAUGAUUGAACGUGAGCUAACAGAUGAGUGACAUACGAUUCAUUUUUACCCACAUCCUCUUAUCCACUUAGUGGUAUUGAAAUUGAUUGAUAACAUCUCACAGAAAUUCCUUUCUGCUUAUAUUCAUCAACAUAAAGAACAAAGCCUGGCUGGCCUUCUUGCCAAGUCUUUGUCAUUGCAGAGAUCAUUUCUUUGUUGUCAUGGGGUGGAUGAUCUAACAUGUAUGUCCAAUUCUUGACAAUAUACGCAUUGUGAGGAAGUCUUAUUUGUAAGGUUUACCUUCCUUUUUAUACCAUUCCUUUCCCUUAUAUCUGAUAUGCAGAGGGCUCUGUUUUGUGUUGGUAGAUUAAUUUAAUUGUUCUGAUCUAUUAUGAAUUACACGUCUCUUUCCGAGUCUUCUGGA